AACGUAGAGAGACUUCCACCGGGGUGGCUGCACAUCAGAGGCAACAGAAAGCUUCUACUCCGAGAAAUCCAGUGAUUUUCAACUGCAAGGAUGGCAGGAAAAACCAAAUGGUUGUUGAUCAUCAAGAUCAGCCAUCUCUGACGGGCAACGUGUGAAAAGACCUGUCAGAAAUGGAGAAUCUAACGGAUUAUCCCGAGUAUUACAUAGGCUCAUCCGAGUCGGACGUUGACUAUAAUUGGUACGAAGAGCUGUUUGGCGCCGAGGAGACGUUUUCUUUCCAUCACAACGACACGACGGAACAGCGCAACCUUCCGGACAGUCUAACCGGAGCGUCGACGGAUCCGGACGUUCCGGUCUUCAUGAAAGCCAUCCUGGGAUCAGUCUACACGCUUACUAUGAUCACGUGCGGCGGGAUUAACCUAAUCCUGAUCUACGUCAUCAUACAGUACAAGAAGAUGCGGAACAUGACCAACAUGCUGAUCGCUAAUCUGGCCAUGUCGGAUUUUCUGAUGGCCGUCAUCUGCGUGCCGUUUGUGAUGGACUACUACAUUGUCCAGUCCCGGGUGUGGACACACGGACAGACGGCCUGCGCAGCGGUCAACUACACCAAGACCAUGUCCCUGUACGUGUCCACUAACGCACUGUUGGUCAUCGCCAUUGACAGGUACUUGGUGAUCUGUCACCCAAGUAUCACCCGGCUGACGGGUAAGUGGGCGGCUGGGGUUGUUGCCUUGGCUUGGCUGGCGGCCAUCUUGUUCGCGGUGCCUGCCGGGAGAUAUUCCGUUGUCAUCCCGUACCACAUAAACGAGCAAGUGUUCUGCGGACAACUCUGGCCAAUACACGAAAAAGAGAGGUACCGGGUAUACUACUUGUCGGUGUUCGUCCUGGAGUUUGCCCUGCCAGUGUUGAUGAUGAUCUUCUGCUACAGCUGCAUACUCAAGAAGGUGUGCUGCCGCCGGAUCCCGGGACAUCAAACCAGUCUGCAGGCAUCAGCCGUUGCGAAGUCUCGACUGAAGGCGGUCCGAAUCCUAGUGGUCAUCCUUGUUCUGUACAUCGUGUGCUGGGGACCGUACCACGUGGUCACGAUCAUCCGGGACUACUACCCGGAGAUGCUGUCCAUGUCUUCCUUCAACAACUCCCUGAUGUACACGGUCGAGGCGCUGGCCAUGGGCAACAGCAUGAUGGACACACUCGUCUACAUCGCGUUGAACGAAAACAUCCGCUCAACCAUGAAGCACGCCCCUCGCGACAUUCUGCAGAACUACAGGCAGUGGCGCGGACGGAAGGUUCGGCCGAGCAUCCGAAGCUUCGCGGCCAACAUCGGCAUGUCACCGGCUGGCUCGCAGAGGUCCAUGCGGAAUGUCGGUCUGACCUUCAUAGCGCCAGCGAACGGCGCUCGAAGGUCGCCGCGUCAGGAUGUCAUCGGGACUACGUCGGAAACGGAGAUCUUGUAGACAAACUGAACAUAUGUACAAAUUGUACUACACUGUACAUAUGAUCAUGGAGCUAGAACUAGUAGAAGUCUUUUAACUUCAUAUGAUGUAAACCUAUUGAACAACCCACUUGCAACGAGAGACUGCAACCAAUGAGCGACCAAAAAUUUGAAAGAUCGCCGAAAGAAUUUCAUGGAAAAUGA